GCUGAGGGCUUGAAGUACCUCCAUUUUGUUGCUGUAGUUAUUGUGGGGUCUUUCAGGGCGCAGUGUGAGUGCCGGUGACCCAGCAGCCCCCCAUCCACCUCACUCUUCUCAUCCGGCACACAGAACAGGCCGCAGCGUCGGUUACAGGGACGGCAAGUGGUCCAGGAGUAACGAUGGCCUCUCCCUCAGCAUCUAAAGUUGUACUUAAGAGCACCACCAAGCUGUCGCUGAACGAGCGCUUUACUAACAUGCUGAAGAACAAACACCCGAUGCCAGUGAAUGUCCGCGCCACGAUGCAGCAGCAGAGCCUGGCCAGUGCCAGGAACAGAAGACUGGCGCAGCAGAUGGAGAACAGGCCGUCUGUGCAAGCCGCUCUGAAGCUCAAGCAGAGCUUAAAGCAGCGGCUCGGUAAGAGCAAUAUCCAGGCCCGGUUAGGGCGACCGAUGGGAGGGCUUCAGCGAGGGGCCGGCGGGAUGCGCGGAGCUGGGAUGGGGCUCCGGGGGUCUCAGCGGGGAGUCAUGCGCAUUGGCCGGGGAGGCAGAGGAAUGCAGCGGGGCGCCAUGGUCAUGCGAGGUCAAAACCUGCGAGGCCGAGGUGGUGCUAUCAGGAUGGGGAUGAGGAGAGGAGGCAUGCGAGGUCGUGGAGGCCCCGGCAGGGGCCUCAUGAGAGGAGGGGUGCUGGGCCGAGGAGGAAUGGGUGGACGAGGUCGCGGAGGGGUGAUGGCUCGGGGCAGAGGAGGCUUUGGCAGAGGGAGAGGCCGCGGUAGAGGAAGAGGACCUACCCGGCCCACACUGACCAGAGAGCAGCUCGACAACCAGCUGGACGCCUACAUGUCCAAGACGAAAGGUCACCUGGAUGCAGAGCUGGACGCUUACAUGGCUCAGGCCGAUCCUGAAUCCAAUGACUGAUAUCAGCAGCGUUUCUAUAAGGACCUGCGUUCUCCCACGCUCGGACUGGCACCGGCUCAUCACCUCGGUUUAGAGGUCCUUUUACUUUUUGAUACUUAGGACAACUUUUUGUUUCUUUCGGUUUGAUAUUUUAUGAAAUGUAUGGAGGCGGCCAUCGUGUGGUUCUUGCUGCUGGAUCUCCACGCGUCCCCGUGCCCUAUGUUUUUAGUGACAUUUGGCACAAACCUGCAUUUUGCAGGGUGCCCUAUAAUUCUGAUACGUGCGUCUCCAUGACUAGGACUCGGCAGCAGCGGGCAGUUUGCCGGCUACUUGUUGUUACUGUGCAGCAUUCAUUAAACACUUUACAGUCUGAGGACACCUGACAUUGCCAAUUACUCACUGUGUGUGGGGGAGGGGGUCGAAGAGCAGCGGCGGGACCCCAACUAGUUCCGUUGUAGAUGGACUUGGCGGUAUUUAAUGGCUAGCUGUCUACACCUGCAGCUGGAUUCUUGGAUCGGCAGGGGUCUGACAAGGACAGCAUUCGUAUGAGCAUUACAUUCAGAUACUGAUUUGAUACGGAUAACCUAUCCUGAGGAGAGGAAAUAAGGGAAAAGCAGCAACAACAAAAAAAAGACCCCCCCCCUAAACAUGAAAUUACAAGAUAUGGGGGCACCUGAGGUCAGUUAGAGCCCCCCUUUAAGUAGAUAUCUGUAAUGGUCAUCUUGGUGGUCACCCCUUUCUAUAGAUGCAGUGGGCACGGUCACCAGUCUACCUGGACCCUUACCUUGUGUUAGAGGGAUUGCCCAGGUUAGACUGUAACAGCCACAGUAUGGCGGUAAUAGGAGCUGCAAAGUGUGGCCAUGUUGCGAUCAUCUGCAGAUCCUGUGGCUCUAAUGCUCUGAAAUCCCCCUCAGACUCCCUAUUACGCGGUGUAGGCUAUUAGUCCCAGUGGCGUGGGCCCAUGUUAUGGGUGUCUGAAUGCGGCCUGAGUUGCAGUACCUCUGGAUGGAGCUUUCAGGAUCUCGUGCUCCCUCCUAUACAUCCAGAAAACUGUUCUGCCUUGUCGUCCAUAUUCCUCCCCUGGCUGAUCAUAUUUCUGCCACCAGGUGGCGCCACUCCGCUGCUUCAGUGUGACUACAGCCAUACGGAAUACAAAGGUUUUACUACUUUUACACCAUGAAAUCCCUAAAACAUUUUUGCAUUCUCACAUCCCAGCCUGUACAAUGUUUUCAGUGGGGUGAUUGUGUUUUAUUUUUUGGAAUUUUUAUUUAAUAAAACUAUUUACUAGUCCAACAA